AUGCCUGUAGCGACUUCAGCCCCGACUGCCUCCCCCCGUCCGUCCACCUUAUCCAAGAUGGAGGACAGGAAGAGACCUCCCAUCAGCACCGCUGAGGAUCUCGCUCCUCCCAGCAAGCGACAUCAAACCGUCAAUGGAAGCAAGUCCAAGGGCGACGGUGGCGACACCGCCGAGGAGCACUGGAUCGAGAAUUAUCAAAAGGGCGCCAUUUACCGGCAAUUGCAAGAAACAAAAAGGGAAAAGGCCGACUUUGAGUCGCGCGUCGAACAACUGCAGAAAAACCUCGUAUACCGCGAAGACCAUAUCCGCAUCAUCGAAGCCUGGUGGAAACAGGUUCUGGAGGAGAUGGAGCAGCUCGUGGAUCCGGCUCUACCGCCUCCUUCGGGUCCAUCAAGUAAAUGCCCCCCCCGUCCGAUUGAAUCCGGAUCGAAACUGACGCACCCAGAUCCUCCGUAUAUCACUAGCACCCACUUUAAAGACAACGACGAAUUCCAACGGCAUCUGGAUGACACCGCCUCUGACAUCAAGAAGCGGGCUGAGGCCGUGCUCAAUCGCAUUGCAAGUGCCAGGGGAGAGAUAACCCCAAACAUUGCCGACCUGGAGACCCGGGUCAACACCUUACUCGCUCAACAAAAAGACUAUCUGGUCAAGCUGGACCGUGCACAUCAAGAGAAUGAGCAGUUGUCGGAAGACCUGAACAAGGCUAGCCUCAGAUUCUUCAAAGCCGAAAAGCGCAUGGACAGACUAAAGAGCGCACAAGUACAAAAGCUCGAGCAACAAUUCAUCGCCAGUGCCAAGCCGACAAUUGCCGGCGGAGAGAACGGAAGCGAUGCAGCAGAAGCAAACGGAAACGCCGCCGAGGCGCUGAUCAAGUUCGAGGAGGCAUCGGCGGUCGUCAAGAAGCAAAAGGAGCAAUUGGAGUCUGCGCAGGCAGACAUCAAGACCCUGCAGGAGGAGAACUCGGCGCUCAAGGCGCGACGGGAGGGUCUAACCGACGAAGAUUUCAUCCGGACGGACGUGUUCAAGCAGUUCAAGAACCAGAACGAGGACCUGAUCAAGCGGGUCAACCACUUGGAGGCUACGAACAAGCAGUUGAGAGAGGAAGCCGAGAGGCUACAGUCUGAGCGGACGGCGUUUCGAAGCAAGCUCAACGAUGAGGCGCAAAUGAUUACUUCGGACUUGGAGCGCCAGGUCGAGGAGCGCGACGCCGACCUGACUCGGAUCCGCGCAGCCCGGGACGAGUGGUAUGCCAAGGCCAACAUGCUAGAAACGCGGGAGAAGGAGGAGAAGCAGGCGCUGCAGCAUCUCAAGGAGCUAACGGGCGCCCAGGAGGACCGAAUCGCUUCCUUGGAGCUGGAGCUGCAGCGGCUCAAGCCCGCCGAGGACCAGCAAAUGCCCGAUCCGGACCCCGAAUUGGAGAGCUUGCCCGUGGACGAGCUGGUCUCGAAGUACAAGAAACUUCAGCAAGAUUUUGAGUCCAUUAACAAGGAGCUGCCUGCCCUGCAGCAAGCGUACAAGCGAUCUAUGGGUCUGGCGCAGAAGAAGGUCAUGGAGUACGCGGUGCUUGAGGACCGCGCCUCGGCCGCCCUCGCCGAAAAGCAAAAGGUCGACCAGAAGUACUUCGCAGUGAAGAAGGAUGCGGACAUGAGAGACCGCGAGCUCAGUGUGCUCCGGAGCCAGAACCGCAAGAGCUCCGAGAUCGUGACCCAGCUCAAGGAGGUCGAGGCCCAAAACCGAGUUCUGAUCAGCAACCUCGAGAAGCAGCUGUCGGAUCUGAAGCAGGCCAACGCGGCCAUGGCGGCGGAACACAAGAAGAUGGAGUCCACCAGCUCCGAUGCGGCGCGCCGUGUCGAUUCAUACAAGAACCAGAUCGGUGAGCUCACCAACCUGGUCAAGUCGCGCGACGCGGCCGUUGCUGCGGCACGAGAACGCACCACCACCCAAGAGGCCGAGGUCGAGCGUCUCAAGGUGCGAGCGGACAUGAUGCAGAAGGACAAGGAUGAGUGGAAGCGCAAGGCGUUGAGCAACUCGUCCGAAGAAGAGGAAAUGCUCAGAACCUUUGCACUUUGCACGGUAUGCCGCAACAACUUCAAGGAUACGGCCCUGAAGACGUGCGGCCACCUGUUUUGUCACCAGUGCGUGGACGACCGUAUCAGCAAUCGCAUGCGCAAGUGCCCCAACUGCUCGAGGGCGUUUGACCGGUUGGACGUUAUGUCUGUUCACCACUAG